AUGUCGGACAAUACUGGCGAGGCUAAUGGUGUUGAUGGAGGCUACUCCGUUCCUUCUUUCUCCUACAAGCCCUUUGUAAGGAUGUUCUACGCAUCUAUGCUGCUACAGGCCUCAGUGUCUUACGUGUUUUUUUCUUUGGGCGUUCUCUUCUCCUCGAGUUCCUUCAGUAAACAUCUCCUGGGAUUAUAUGCUUUGUUAUUCGGCGUUGUUAGCUUUUUGUACCAUUUAUCCAUUCAAUCUAUUGUAGAUCGAGUUCAUUUGUUCUUUCCUAAAUUUGAUGAAGACAUUGUAAAGCACACCUUUUAUUUCUUGAUAGGCCUCCCUGGCCUUACUCAUCCUGAUAGCUUCCAGCUUCGCUUGGCAUCCUAUCUUUUUUCCAUCAUAGGAUUUGUCGGGACUCUCGUUUCAUUUCGCCAUCAGAACUUAAUGAGCACUUACCUUUCAAGGGAUCCGACUCCUUAUCAAGGCUUUUAA